AUGAUGUGUCUAAUACGCUACACUACGUGCCAGUACGCUACACUACGUGCCAGUACGCUACGCUACGUGCCAGUACGCUACGCUACGUGCCAGUACGCUACGCUACGUGCCAGUACGCUACGCUACGUGCCAGUACGCUACGCUACGCUACGUGCCGUACGCUACGCCACGUGCCAGUACGCCACGCCACGCCAGUACAAGUGUGUGGGCGGCGUGUCCCCAGAGUGUGUGGGCGGCGUGUCCCCAGAGUGUGUGGGCGGCGUGUCCCCAGAGUGUGUGGGGCGUGUCCCCAGAGUGUGGGCGGCGUGUCCCCAGAGUGUGGGCGGCGUGUCCCCAGAGUGUGGGUGGGGCGUGUCCCCAGAGUGUGGGCGGCGUGUCCCCAGAGUGUGGGCGGCGUGUCCCCAGAGUGUGGGCGGCGUGUCCCCAGAGUGUGGGCGGCGUGUCCCCAGAGUGUGGGCGGCGUGUCCCCAGAGUGUGGGCGGCGUGUGGGCGGCGUGUCCCCAGAGUGUGUGGGGUCCCCAGAGUGUGUGGGGCGUGUCCCCAGAGUGUGUGGGGCGUGUCCCCAGAACGUUCAGUGCUGAAGACACGUUGAAGGCUCUAACGGUGUUUCUGUUGUUUCAGACAUUCAGACCUCUGGUGGGGAAGGCUACUCUGGGAUCCAUCACGGCUGUAGAGUUCUUCUCUGACAGACAACUGGACUUCCUGUCUGACCACGGAGCAUACCAGCCCUACCAGGAGGAAGUGGACAGUUUGAGUCCUGUUCUCAGGGACAACCCUCAGCUUCAUGAAGAGGUCCGGUUCUGGCUCAAAGAUCAAAAGGUUCAGGACAUUUUUUUGCAAGGUCCGUAUUCAUUAAAUGGUUACCGAGUUCGUGUUUACAGACAAGACUCAGCCACUCAGUGGUUCACAGGGAUCAUCACACAUCAUGACCUCUUCAGCCGUAAUAUGGUUGUGAUGAAUGACCAGGUUCUAGAGCCCCAGAACGUUGACCCCUCUAUGAUCCAGAUGACCAUAUUCUACAUGUGGUACUCUCUGCUGAAAGGAGAGAACAUUGCCAACAGCCCCAGACCAGUCAUGAACUCCUCUGGCGGGGCAGUGAAGCAGGGGUCAGGGGUCACCACCCAGCUGGGUCAAGGUCAGGGCGGGUCCCAGAGCCAGCAGUCCCCAGCGCAGCACUCCCCUUGUCAGGAACAGACGCAGCACCGCGGACCUGGCUUCUCCAGGAGGAAGGGAUCUGACAGCAGUGUCCCUGAUGAUGACUUCAAGGGAGACAACGUGGACUACUUCUUUAAAAGUACGAGCAGCAAGCAGGUGGCUGUGAACAAGCGGAGGAAAGCGGAGGAGGAAGAGGAGGAAGAGGAGAAGAAAUCAGGGUUGAAAAGACUAAGAAGCGAGACUACAGUGAGGUCCGACUUCUCUGAGAGCAGUGACUCUGAGAUGUCUACCAAGAGAACCAGGACGGCAGACUCCUCCUCUUCCUCAGAGCAGAACUCAGAGGAGGAGCUAAAAGGAAAGACCGGCCAGGAGGGGCACAAGACCCAGGGUUCUAAGACUGGGAAGGAGUCUGCUCUGACAGGCAGUCUCUCCCCCUGGGGUGAGGAGCUUCAGAAGGCGGAGUUUCAGCAGUCAUCAGCCGACAGGGAGCAGAGGUCAUCCCUGCAACAACCUCAACGACAGGGGGAACGGUCUCCACUGCAAAAGCAGCAGGCCCCUCCCCUGUCCUCCUCCUCCCAGGGCUCUGCCCCCUCUGAGGGCCAAGGGGAGUGUAUCAUGGAGAACAACAGCACUAUGAAAUCCCAGACCCAUCCCCAGUCCAAGGACCAGUACACCAGCGCUGAGGUGGUCUCCAGGACCCAGACUCCCUCUCAGUAUAUAAUCGACAUCACAGCAGAGGACGCUAACGCACACAUGGCCUCCCGGGAGAACUCUGAGGCCGUCUCGGCCCUGCUGGCCUCCCAGAAUCCAUCUGAGCCCUCCUACCUCUCUGAGCCCAGUAGACAUUUGGUGCUGAACCCCUCUGUUGCCCCUCCCUCUCCCCUUCGUAAGAGCCCCUCGGAGUGUGACCUUAGGAACCAGACUCCCUCAGUGUUCGAGUGUGACCUUAGGAACCAGACUCCCUUACAACCAGACUCCUCAGUGUCAGAGUGUGACCUUAGGAACCAGACUCCCUCAGUGUCAGAGUGUGACCUUAGGAACCAGACUCCCUCAGUGUCAGAGUGUGACCUUAGACACCAGACUCCCUCAGUGUCAGAGUGUGACCUUAGACACCAGACUCCCUCAGUGUCAGAGUGUGACCAUAGCAACCAGACUCCCUCAGUGUCAGAGUGUGACCAUAGCAACCAGACUCCCUCAGUCUCAGAGUGUGACCUUGGGAACCAGACUCCCUUGGUGUCAGAGUGUGACCUUAGGAACCAGACUCCCUUAGUGUCAGAGUGUGACCUUAGGAACCAGACUCCCUUAGUGUCAGAGUGUGACCUUAGGAACCAGACUCCCUUAGUGUCAGAGUGUGACCUUAGGAACCAGACUCCCUUAGUGUCAGAGUGUGACCUUAGGAACCAGGCUCCCUCAGUGUCAGAGUGUGACCUUAGGAACCAGACUCCCUCAGUGUCAGAGUGUGACCUUAGGAACCAGACUCCCUCAGUGUCAGAGUGUGACCUUGGGAACCAGACUCCCUCAGUGUGUAGGAAGCCGGAGGUAAAGCAUGACAUCGCUGGCAGCCUGGGCAGUAAGAUGGGGUUAGUCCAUUCAGUGGUGAUCAGACCUAUAGCAUCAGUCAGUGAGUCUGCUGCUGUAGUAGAGAGAGAGAAGCAGCUAUAUUCCUCCAUGCUGCCCUGCAUUAAGAACGCCUCAUUGGCCGACGAGGCCAGGAAAUCGUACAAGCUAAGCCCCUCCCCUGAUAUCCCCAAGCCCCUCCCCUCCCCAGAGGCCCUGAAGCCGAAGCCCCUCUGCUCCCCUGACAUUGUCAAGUCUAAAACACAGAGUGUUCUGGAGACUUGUUCUAAACCCAAACCCCUCCCCUCCCCAGAGGUGUCCAAGCAUAAAGGCCGUUACCCGGACAACACCCCUCGCUCCAGCUUUAAGCCCGUCCUGGCCCGAGGGACUGAGUCGCCAGGAUCUUGCACUAAGAGCCCGCUAAUCAUCGAUAAGAACGAGCAUUUCACCGUGUAUCGGGACCCUGCGCUUGUCCGUCCCAACCAGGAGACCAACCACGUGUCCUAUCUGCACCCCCAGCUCCACCCCCUCCACGCCUCCUGCCUCACCCCCUCUUCCACCCACCACCACACAUCCCACUCCCACCACCUCCUCUCCGGGGUGCUCUCUGGCCUGCCUCCAGGCCCCUUGCUGGGGGGUCAUCCCCGACUAGACUCCUCAGGGCUGGGGCACCUGGGACUAGCUCAUCACCACCCUGUCUCUCAGCCCCAGACACACAGCCACACCUCAGCCUCAUACAACCAGCUGGGGCUGUAUCCAAUCAUCUGGCAGUACCCCAAUGAGACCCACUCCUAUCCCCCCAGACUCAACCUGCCCGGGUCCAAGUGGGUGCACCCUGAAAACCCUGUCAGCUCUGAGACCAACAUGAGGAGGAACACGGCCAGCCCUUGGCUACACCACCAGGUCCCUGUCUCCUCCUCUGACAGCCUGGACCAACUAAGCCACGUCCCGGUCCCCAUCCGACCAGCCAGCGCCGACCCUCACCGGUCCGACCCCCAUCCCCACCGUUCAGAACCACACCGCCGGACCCCCACCGGCUCAUCAAGAUCAACCCCACGCCAGCUCCCCCUGCCACCGGCCAAGACCGCUGGAGAUCUUCACAGGGAGGAUCUGAAGGGUUUUGUGGACCCCAUCAGAACCAUCACUCUGGCCCACCUGAAGCAGGAGCAGGACCGCAGCAGAACCCCGACCGGGAAGGACAGUCACCUGCACCAGCUCUACCUGGAGGCCUGUAAUAAACAGCAGCAGCAGAGGAUGGCCCAGCAACAACAGGAAGCAGGGCAGAGGGACCGGGCCAGUCAGUAUAAGGAGGAGAACAGGCGGAUCCUCCAGGAGAGCAUUGAGGUGGCCCCCUUCACCGCUAAGAUCCGCGCCAGUGAGACCGACAGGGAGCCUAACCCCUACCCCCGGAUCCCCUCGCUCCCCUCCCUGCCCCACCCCUACCCCCCGGAUCCCCUCGCUCCCCUCCCUGCCCCACCCCCAGCGCCUUCACCAGGAGAAGGAAACGGAGCCCCUGCUGCAGACCUGUAUCAGUUUAAACAGCAGUCCCAGCACAGUCUCCCCCCUAGUAACUACUUCACUACCCUGUCCAACAGUGUGGUCAACGAGCCACCGCGUCUCUACCCCUCUAAAGAGCUCAACUCAUACUUUGACAAGGUGAGCAGGGAGCAGGAGUCUGCAGCAGCCUCUAGUCUCUCUCUGGGAGGAGGGGCAGCGUUCAGCUCCAAGUCCCUGUCCACCCCUCCUCUCAUCAAACACCAUGCUGAUGGGGAGGGUCUGCUAGGGAAGAUAUCAGAGCAGCUGAACCAGCAGGUAAGCUUAUCCAACAUGCAGAGGUAUCGUCUCAGUACCAUAGUCAGCCCUGUUAGUCCAGACCUCUCGCCUUCCUCCAGUCAGAGUCAGACCCGAACCCACUGUCAGACCCAGAGUCAGACCCAGAGCCAGACCCGAACCCACUGUCAGACCCAGAGCCAGACCCGAACCCACUGUCAGACCCAGAGCCAGACCCGAACCCACUGUCAGACCCAGAGCCAGACCCAGAGCCAGACCCGAACCCACUGUCAGACCCAAGCCCAGCUAAGGUGUAUGCCAGCUCUGCACCGUGCCCCUGUGUUCCACCCUCCUAUCCAGCAGACACUGGACAGGAAGGAGGCGGGCUACGGCCGUUUGUCUCCACCCACCCUGACCCCCAUCCAGCCAGUCAGCUCGGCCGGUAAGGUGUCUGAGCAGCAGAAACCGCCCACCCUUCUGCCCGAGCUACGGGAGGUCAGCGCCGUGUGUAAGGGCGGGGCAGCGAUGACCUCAUCCGAGGUGUGGCGAGCCGGCGACUCUCAGAGCCACGACAAGCUGGGUUGGCAUUCUGAGAGGAGCCCUGGCAGGAAGCCUGGGGCCACCACGGCGUCUGUUAUCGUCCGUCCCUCCACGUGUAUAAAGUACGACGGCUCGCCAGGCGCCAAGACCUCUUCCUCGACCAAGGACUCUCUGAUGGGGAGGAUGUUCCCAGGCGGCAGGCCUCAGACAGUCUGUCUGAAACUGGCCUAUGAGAGAGACAGGGAGUCUGGAGGGAAGGUGAUCCUGCCAAACACUAACUUGGAGGAGGCUGUUUGCGUGCAGCAGUACAAUAACAACUUUAUGAGAGUGUCCCAGUCUCAGGGAACCUUUCCAGUCUCUGUCUCGGCUGCUGCCAACUCUGUGUGCAAUAGGAGUAGUGAUGUGACUAGGGCAGUCUCCAACAUGGCUCCCUACGGUGUGCUGAAUAGAACCUACUGUGGUCCCAACACCUCCAGCGCUAGCAGGACAGAGAGCUGUGGCCCUCGGGGCAGGGCCUUCCACUCAGGGCCUGGGUUAGAACCAAGGGCCGAGCUCCAGCAACAGGGGGACCCCAGCCUAGCCAGCAGCACCCAGGCCUCUUCCAACCCCAGCCAGUCCUACUAUGGGAGCUUUAUCCAUCUGAAGAAGCACAAGGCAGCGUUGGCAGCAGCCCAGCAGUCCAGAGGUCCUAGCAGCAGCACCAGUGGUAGUGGUCCUGAGAGCCUGAUUGAGCCAUCUAACAGUAAAGCUCUUCACAUCCCCCCUCCACCUCACCUUGCCUCGGCCUCAGCCCAGAACCACAGAACCACAGCAAGCCCAGGACCACAUCAAGCAGGAGCUAUCCCCAGCCCUGGCCCCCUCCCCAAUGGCCAGCCAGCCCAGAUGAACCAGAGCCAGUCUCAACCCAACUACCACAAGCUGAAGAAGGCCUGGCUCACCAGACACUCAGAGGAGGACAGAAACAUAAACACUAUGAUGAAAACAGAGGAGGCUGAUAAGGCUGUUACCACCACUGUGAGCCCCUCUGUGUCCAAGUCUGUUACCACCACUGUGAGCCCCUCUGUGUCCCCCUCUGUGUCCAAGUCUGUUACCACCACUGUGAGCCCCUCUGUGUCCAAGGCUGUUACCACCACUGUGAGCCCCUCUGUGUCCAAGUCUGUUACCACCACUGUGAGCCCCUCUGUGUCCAAGGCUGUUACCACCACUGUGAGCCCCUCUGUGUCCAAGUCUGUUACCACCACUGUGAGCCCCUCUGUGUCCAAGGCUAUUACCACCACUGUGAGCCCCUCUGUGUCCAAGUCUGUUACCACCACUGUGAGCCCCUCUGUGUCCAAGUCUGUUACCACCACUGUGAGCCCCUCUGUGUCCAAGUCUGUUACCACCACUGUGAGCCCCUCUGUGUCGAAGGCUGUUACCACCACUGUGAGCCCCUCUGUGUCCAAGGCUGUUACCACCACUGUGAGCCCUCUGUGUCCAAUCUGUUACCACCACUGUGAGCCCUCUGUGUCUGAGAUGGAGAUGAUCAAGCCUUGCACCGUCACUCUGAUUGCCUCUACCUCCAGUGAUGUGGAGAUGAAGAUAGAAGAGGUCAAAGGUCAGGAGGACAAGAUGGCCGCUGAGGACAGGAUUACGCGGCGUGGGAGCAAGAGGGUGUACGACCACGACUCGGCCUCAGAGAGCGGAGAGGACUCUGACGCCAGCGAGAGCACCAAGCAGGAGCAGAGGGCGAAGAGGCAGCCCAAACCCACCUACAAGAAGAAACAGAACGACAUGCGCAGGAGGAGAGGAGACGGAGAGAAAGAUGAGGAUGACCUGAAACCCAACGGGAUCUUUAGGAGCGCCAGGGAGAAGACCAAGCUGAAACUGUCCAGCAACAAUGGUAUCCCCCGCUCUGUGCUGAAGGACUGA